AUGAUCAGACCUCAGGCCCCUGUUGGAACCCACGAUCAGACCUCAGGCCCCUGUUGGAACCCACAAUCAGACCUCGGGCCCCUGUUGGAACCCAUGAUCAGACCUCAGGCCCCUGUUGGAACCCAUGAUCAGACCUCAGGCCCCUGUUGGAACCCACGAUCAGACCUCAGGCCCCUGUUGGAACCCACGAUCAGACCUCAGGCACCUGUUGGAACCCAUGAUCAGACCUCAGGCCCCUGUUGGAACCCACGAUCAGACCUCAGGCCCCUGUUGGAACCCAUGAUCAGACCUCAAGCCCCUGUUGGAACCCACGAUCAGACCUCAGGCCCCUGUUGGAACCCACGAUCAGACCUCAGGCCCCUGUUGGAACCCACGAUCAGACCUCGGGCACCUGUUGGAACCCAUGAUCAGACCUCAGGCCCCUGUUGGAACCCACGAUCAGACCUCAGGCCCCUGUUGGAACCCAUGAUCAGACCUCAAGCCCCUGUUGGAACCCACGAUCAGACCUCAGGGCCCCUGUUGGAACCCACGAUCAGACCUCAGGCCCCUGUUGGAACCCAUAAUCAGACCUCGGGCCCCUGUUGGAACCCACAAUCAGACCUCAGGCCCCUGUUGGAACCCACGAUCAGACCUCAGGCCCCUGUUGGAACCCACGAUCAGACCUCAGGCCCCUGUUGGAACCCACGAUCAGACCUCAGGCCCCUGUUGGAACCCACGAUCAGACCUCAGGCCCCUGUUGGAACCCACAAUCAGACCUCGGGCCCCUGUUGGAACCCAUGA